AUCACCAACACAGCUCCACUGCUCUUAUCAAUAGCACAUAAAUACGAGCCUAGUCCAUCAGAAGCCACCUGGAUAAUGGCGCCCAAAAUCGAAUUCUCACCUGCGAUGCCUUUGCCUCCAGUUUUUGAUGUCCAAGAGCGCAUCAGACAACUUCACAGAUAUCUCGACCCAGAAGAUCCCCAAUACGAACGAAAGGAACAACAUACCAACAUUAGGGCUGCCAUUAAGCUUUAUGAAGAGGGGAAGAUCGAUGGUUCACAGCAUGUUUUUAUUAUGGAUGGCAAAAUUGUUACUCGAGAGCAAGUCUCCAACAAAGGAAUGGCCUGGGCGUGGCUGGAGGGAGUGUUUUAUCAGUAUGCCCAAAGGUUUUCUUGAAGUCGUGGGCCUUUUGAACCUCACUGUCACGAAGUUUAGAAUCCAGCUUUUCUAAAAUUUCAUCAUAAUAAUUUCUUUUCUAGCUUCGUGUGUUGCUUAGGCCAAAACCUGGUCAAGGGGGGGAUGGAACGGUCCAUGGGAUCAUCGCG